CUUAAUCUUUGAGAUAAAAUGUUUCAUAAAGGAGGAGAUGGAAAACCGCGAGGAUUUGGAUUUUCCGGAUUUGCACUCGGAAACAAGAAAGCAGAUGAACCAGACCCUUCAAAACCUGUGUCUGGUAUGGCAGGAAUGCCAAGUAAUGCAGGUGGCAGGUUCAUGCCAGGGCGGUCAUUUGGAUAUAGUACUAACAUAGGGAAACGGAGGGCAAGGAAUGAAGACGAGUAUUUUGACGAUGAUGAUGAAGAAGGAGACCUUGAAUAUCAGCCUGCUCCAGGAAGUCCCAGUGCAGAUGAUAAAAAUAAAGAUGGCAGUGAUAGUGAUGAUCCACUGGAUGCAUUUAUGGCAGACAUUGAGAAAGAAGUAAAAGGGAAAAUGAAAGAAAGCAAGGAACACAAAGAAAAAUCAAAGGAGAAGAAAAAAGACAAAGGAGUGCGGGACGAUAUCGAAAAUGAAGAUGUUCAGGAAGCAUUUUUUCGAUACAUGGAGGAAAACCCUAUGGCUGGUGUUAUCCUUGAUGAGGACGAGGCAGGAAUUGAAUACGAUGCUGAUGGAAAUCCAAUCAUACCAGAAAAAAAUAAAAUGAUUGAUCCUUUGCCUCCUAUUGACCAUACAGAAAUUGACUAUCAGAAAUUUGUAAAGAACUUUUACCAAGAACAUGAAGAUAUUGCCAAACUAACCCAGACACAGGUGGAUGAACUACGUCAUAAACUUGGAAUAAGGGUAUCCGGGUUUUCCCCUUCGAAUCCAGCAACCAGCUUUGCACACUUCGGUUUUGAUAAUGAACUGAUGGGAGUGAUCAGAAAGUCGGAAUACUCACAGCCCACCCCGAUACAGGCCCAGGGGGUGCCAACCAUCCUGAACGGACGAGAUAUCAUCGGUAUAGCUAAAACUGGGAGUGGAAAGACUGCCACAUAUCUCUGGCCCCUCCUUGUACACAUAAUGGACCAAAAGGAACUGGAGACUGGGGAUGGACCCAUAGGGCUUAUACUGGCCCCUACCAGGGAAUUGUCACAACAGAUAUACCAUGAGGCCAAGAAAUUUGGCAAAGUCUACAACAUCAAUGUUGUGUGUGCAUAUGGAGGUGGCAACAUGUGGGAACAGACGAAGGCAUGUCAGGAAGGGGCGGAGAUCAUAGUGGCCACACCUGGUCGUUUGAUAGACCUGGUGAAGAAGAAAGCCACCAACCUCCAGCGGGUCACUUAUCUUGUGUUUGAUGAAGCUGACCGUAUGUUUGAUAUGGGCUUUGAACCUCAGGUCAGGUCUAUAGCUAACCAUGUGAGAAAGGACCGACAAACAUUACUCUUUAGUGCCACCUUCAAGAAGAAGGUGGAACGCUUAGCAAGAGACAUUCUUCUGGAUCCUGUACGAGUUGUUCAAGGGGAAGCAGGGGAGGCAAACGAGGAUGUCACUCAAUACGUAGAGGUACUGCCAGCUGGACCAGCCAAGUGGACAUGGCUCAUCAAAAACCUUGUUCGUUUUACUUCAAUUGGUAGUGUGUUGAUAUUUGUUACCCGGAAAUCCAACUCAGAAGAACUGGCUACAAAUUUACGCACUAGAGAUUUCUCAUUGGGCCUUCUCCAUGGUGACAUGGGACAGAUGGAGAGAAAUGAGAUCAUCACAGCGUUUAAACGCAAGGAGAUGCCUAUCCUUGUAGCCACAGACGUAGCAGCUAGAGGUUUGGACAUUCCGUAUAUCAGGACUGUGGUGAACUAUGAUGUAGCACGAGACAUUGAUACACAUACACACAGGAUUGGGCGAACAGGUCGAGCAGGUGAGAAAGGCUAUGCCUACACCCUACUGACAGAGAAGGAUAAGGACUUUGCAGGGCCACUUGUAAGGAACAUGGAGGUAGCUAACCAGUUUGUACCUAAAUCCCUGAUGGAUCUAGCAUUACAGAAUCCUUGGUUCAGCAAAAGCCGAUUCAAGCAAGGAAAGGGGAAGAGAUUGAAUGUGGGAGGAAAAGGACUCGGCUUCAAAGAGAGGCCAGGAUUAGGGGCAGAAUCAAGCACAAGAACCCAGGAUUCCUCCAGUAUGGCUAGUUUCCGAGGUGUGGGAUCAUCUGCUGGACCUCAGAGUGACCGUAUGUCUGCUAUGAAACAGGCGUUCUCAGCGCAGUUCAAAUCCAACUUUGUGGCGGCCGCCGAUAAUAUUGAACCACAGAAGACUGGUCACAUCCUAGAACCAAUUAAUGCAACCCGCAAUCCUGCACAACCCCAAGCAGCCUCAGAUGAACCUAACAGCAAACGGAAAAAACGGUCACGCUGGGACUGAUAAACUAAGUGAAAUCUUGUUGGAUAUGAUAGUUAAUUUGGUGCAUGUCACAGAAUUCAGCAUCUGAAAUGUGGAUCUGGUACAAUUGAAGUUCAUUUUUCACACCAGGACAUCAAUAAAAUUGUCUUUGCCUAAUCAGUCCCUCUCUUGUGAGCUUUAAUGGUGAAAUGUUGAGAUCACAGAUUUUCUGAUAUCAAGUUUCAGCCAGUGUUAUCAGAUCUAGAUACAAGUGACAUUUGAAUGGAAGAAACUUGGAAAGACUUGCUAGAAUUCAUGCACCUUAUAUUUUUUAGAGACAAGACACCUUAGCUGGUUUCACUGACUAUAUGAUAAACGGCACUCACAAAACGUGCUAAUGUCACUGACACCACGUUACAGACUGAUGGAAUCUCUAGCACUGGAAACCUUAAUUGUGUCUUAAUUUACAUGGCUCUGAAGAUUUUGUACAUUAAAGGACUAAAUCAUAAAGGAAUGUGACAUUUGAUCCCUGUGCUUUAUCAAGGACUCUCUGGUGGAACUCAAAAGUAUUGUUCUAUCAGUAUAAGCAGUAUUGCCUGGUACUAGGUUGUGAAGUGCUCAUACAUUUACUGCCUAAUGAGGGGAAAAUUUGUUGCCAUGUCCUAGAAAAAUAACUGGGGCUGUUGAUGUUGAUAGAAAUUUGAAUGUUACUAGAAGCACUGUACUAAGUAUUGCAGCAUGUGGUUUAUGGUUAGUAGAUCACAAAUACAAAAACACAAAUUGAGUAUAGUCAUCUGGUGCCAUUCAGCUCAAAUAAAUUUUAAAUCACAUUA